GGCCUAGCUAAGCAUACUAGUUGUGUCGGAACCGCAUCCCGGUUCCAGGGGUUAGCAUUUGUUCCCUUCGUGGUCGGUUCUGCCCCCCGGCAGUUCUUUCCAACCCCUGUCUGUUUCUCCUUGGUAUAUUAGUGGGCCCCCGUGUUGUCGUUCGUAAGGUCUGCAACCCACAAUAGCCGCGCACCAGGGCUAGGUGUCCCCGUUGUUUCUCCGAGUGCGAAGGUCCGCGCACGCUUUAGGGGGGGCAAUCGCGUGUCGAACGUGAAACAUUUUGCAGAGAACCGGCACAGUGCUCGUUUAAUGGAAAAAGGAAAGCGAAAUAGGAAGAGACGCGGCUAUGUAUGGUCGCAGGUCAUGAGCAUAACAGCCAAGGGCCUACGCAUUUAAGUCAUGAGAACAGUGACAGCGACGCGCGUAGGUCAUGCGCACGCACACGAUGGCCGCAAGUCGUAAGGGUCUGCCCUCCCGUCUCCCUCGGUCUUCUUUCGUGCCAAAAUGGUGUUGGUUCCGCCUUGGUGGGGAUCAGCCGAGCUACUUAUCACGAACCCAAAAAAAAAAAUUAAAAGUCUGUCUGAAUUUUGUCUGUCCAAAUCCAUUGCUUUUUGCAUUGGUUCCAUGUGCAUUCCUCCUCCUCGGCCCCUGGAUCCCUUACCCUGGUUCACCGGUAGUGCCCCC